AUGAAGAUAUUCAAUCCUACCACCGCCUUGCUCCUCGUUGUCGUUUGUAUCAUUUGGGUGGUCCACUCGCUGAUCUAUGGCAAGAGAAGGAAGCUCCCUCCUGGACCACCACGGCUACCUAUCAUCGGUAACCUACACCAGGCGCCAGCACUUUACCCAUGGAGAACGUACCAGACGUGGACCAAGCAGUAUGGACCAAUAUACCGUCUCCAAUACGGUCUCAACACCGUGAUCAUGCUGGGCACGUAUGAAGCCGCUCACGACCUCCUCGACAAGCGGAGCAACAUCUACAGCUCUCGACCUCACGUUGUCAUGGGUGGAGAUUGCGUGAGUAAGGGCUACAGGACAUUGCUCAUGCCAUACGGGCAAAAAUGGCGUAACCAUCAAAGACUCCAGGGCGCCUUUCUCAAUGUCCGCAUCUCACAGAGCUAUCGCCCCCUUCAGGAGCUCGAGAGUCUCCAACUCAUCCACGAGCUCCUCGACCCAGCAGCCGACUUCUCCGAUCGAUUCCACCGCUACUCGUCAAGCUUGAUCUUUGCGUUAGCAUACGGCAAGCGGAUGACUAGAGGUGACGAACCAGAAGUCGAAGGGAUCGAUCAGGUCAUGGAGAACUUUCUGUACGCCGCCAGGGUCGGGACGUGGCUCGUGGAUGCGCUACCGGCAUUAAACUGCCUUCCUUCCUUUCUGGCCCCCUGGAAGCGUUAUGCUGAUAGGUUACACGGUUUCGAAGCCAACCUUUUCAUAAAUAAUUUGAUCCAAGGGAAAGCGUCCACGCACUGGAACUGGUCGAAACAGGCUCAAGCGAUGAAGGAAGGCCAAGCCAUGUCGCAGAAGGAACUUGCCUACGAUGUCGGCAUUCUCUACGAGGCCGGGAGUGAUACGACAACCAUGGCCCUGGAAGUCUUCACACUGGCGAUGCUUCUGUACCCCGACGUCAUGAGAAAGGGGCAGGCCGAGCUUGACUCCGCCCUCGGAUCUUCCCACUUCCCAACAUUCGAAGACAAAGAUCGCCUGCCUUAUAUCGAUGCCAUCGUCAAAGAGACACUGCGGUGGCGCCCAGUCUCCGCCGGCGGUAUCCCCCACGCCGUGAUCCAGGACGAUGAGUACAUGGGAUACGAUAUCCCCGCCGGCGCGACGGUCAUAGGGAACCAUUGGGCGAUCCACCUGGACGAGAAUGUCUACCAGGACGCGUACACCUUCAAUCCUGACCGCUGGAUCGACGACCCAAGCCUGCCCCUGGCCGCCUUCGGAUUCGGACGCAGAGUGUGUACGGGCCAACACAUCGCGAAGAACAGCCUCUUCAUCAACGUCGCCCGGAUCCUGUGGACGUUCGACAUCGAGCAUGAGUACAAGGUGGUCGGGGGCCUGCGGCAGAAGUGCGAGGUCGACCCGUUCGCCUUCACUCAGGGUUUUAAUUCGAGGCCGGUCAAGUUUGAGGCGCGGUUUGUGCCAAGAGAAGGGAGAGCGAGUCAAGUCCGAGGAAUGUGGGAAAGAGCCGAGAAAGACUUGGCUGUGGUCAUAGAGAAAGUACGGGUUGAGACCUCGAAGGCGUGA